AUGGAGUUGGCUCUUACUGGGCGGCGGAGCCGGACGGUGCCAGCGGGACCUGCGGCUGGUCCGGCGCAGGGCGCUGGUGGGGUCAGGCCUCGCCAGGGGUCGGGAGAGGGCGAGGGGCGCGAGAAGGGAGCCGUGAGAAACAGCAGCUGGCGGGUGUGGCCCGAUGGAAGGAAGAACCGUGUAAGACGCACAGACCAGGCAGGGGUCCGGCUGGCGGAGACUGCGGCUGGGCAGCGAAUGUGGCGUCUGGCCCAGGCGGGGCAGCAGACACCGAGGGGGGACGGCGAGGCGCUUCGGAGCCCGGCUGCGGGGAUGAAGGACGGGCUUCCGGUGGGCGGGGCCGCCUUGCCCCACCCCCAAGCCCAAGAUCGUUCUUGGGAUUCUCCUUACUCCUGCGAAGUAAUCUUCAACCAGCCUGGCCCGGACGUUGAACUGGGCCCAGAAGGACGCCAGGAGACCCGGGCCAGCGCCCGCUCCUCUCGCUUCCAGCCCUUGCCUCUAAGGUUUGGCCGCAAACCGUGUCUGCUGAGCACGACCCUCGUCACCGCGGCCUCGGGCGUCCUCAUGGCCAUCGCCCCCGACUACACCUCCCUGCUGCUCCUGCGCCUGCUGCAGGGCCUGGUCAGCAAGGGCAGCUGGACGGCCGGCUACACGCUGAUCACAGAGUUCGUGGGCGCGGGCUGCAGAAGGACGGUGGCCGUCCUGUACCAGGCGGCCUUCACGGUGGGGCUGCUGCUGCUGCCCCCCGCGGCCUACGCGCUUCCUCGCUGGCGCUGGCUCCAGAUGGCCGUCUCCCUGCCGGUCUUCCUCUUCCUGCUCUUCUGCUGGUGUAUGCCCGAGUCCCCGCGGUGGCUGCUGUCACAGAGGAGAAACGCCCAAGCCGUGAGGACGCUGGCCCGCAUCGCCCAGGAGAACGGGAGGCCGCCCCCUGCGGACCUGAAGAUGCUCUGUCUCGGUGAGGACGUCCCUGAGAAGCUGAGGCCUGCGCUGGCAGACCUGUUCCGCACGCGGCGCCUGAGGCGGUACACCUGCAUCCUGAUGUACCUGUGGUUCACCAGCUCCGUGCUCUACCAGGGCCUCAUCAUGCACAUGGGCGCCACCAGCGAGAACCUCUACCUGGACUUCCUCUACUCUGCCCUGGUGGAGUUCCCGGCCAGCGUCAUCAUGCUGUUCGCCAUGAACCAUGUGGGCCGCCUGUCGCUGCUGGCCACGUCAAACCUGGUGGCAGGGGUGGCCUGCUUCGUCAUGCCCUUCACUGCGCACGGUCAGCACUGGCUGAGCAUCACCGCUGCCUGUGUGGGCCGAAUGGGAAUCACCAUCGUGUUCCAGAUGGUGUGCCUGGUGAACGCGGAGAUCUACCCCACCUUCAUCCGGAGCCUGGGGCUGAUGGUGUGCUCCUCCCUGUGUGACGUGGGCGGCGUCAUCGCCCCCUUCCUGGUCUUCCGGCUGAUGGACGUCUGGCAGGGCCUGCCGCUCAUUCUGUUCGGGGUGCUGGGCCUGGUUGCCGGGGGUGUGACGCCGCUGCUGCCCGAGACCAAGGGGGUGACUCUGCCAGAGACCAUUGAGGACGCCGAGAGCCUCGGGAGGAAAGUGAAGCCCCAAGCGAACAAGAUCUACCUCCAGGUCCGGAGCGCAGACCCUGCGGGCCCCUGAGGCUCCGUGGGACCCAGUG